CCAAAAGGAGCAGAACCACACGCAUUCCUGCUCCCAAUCUCACAGUCAAUCCAAGACAGAAGGAAAGGGGGAAGGGGAAGGAGGUAAAAAGAGUGUGGGAGAGGGGAGGAGAAGAGGGGGGAGAUCGCUGAACGGACACAGCCCCCCAUCCCAAGCUGUUUCAGUUCCCGUCCACUCACGUGGGAGUCAGUAUAUUGUGGAGUUGGAGACGGAAUGUGGACGGCGAUGCAGGAAACAUGAGAUUUUAGAAAGGACGCGUGUCAUUGGGCCACAGGAUCGCCCCCUGGGAAGAUUUUGGAAGUCAUGGUGGUAGGAGCUGAUCUGUAUUCAGAGUGAAAUCUAUCAUGACUGUGAUGUCAUUGGCACACCGCAGAUACUGAGCCAUGGGUAACACAGAAAGUCAUAGCAGCGGCCAUGGUUACUAUGGAGACGGCCGGCGCCACCUCUCCCGUAAACACAUGUCCCGCUCGCUCCGCCUGUCCAGCAAGCAGACGUACUGUUCCCGCCGUACGCCGUCUGGAAAACCGGAGCAUCGCAACUCCGAGACCAGCACGCGCUCCAGCAGCACUCCCAGCAUCCCGCAGUCGCUGGCCGACCACGGCCUGGAGCCCUUCAACGACUCGGACAUGCUGCCCGACUUCAGCAGCCCCAUAUGGGUGGACCGCGUGGCCAUGAAUCUCAGACCCAUGUCCUUCCACAGCCAUCCGGCCCAUUCGCCCGCCGCGACCCACACCGCCAAACAGGCCAUGCAGGACGACGCCGAACCGCCAGAGGACAAGUCCCACGUCCAGCGCACACAGGACGGCUCCCAAGAGGCAUCUAGCUUUAAAAAGAAACGCUCUAAGUCUGCGGAUAUGUGGAGGGAGGGCUCGCUGGAGGUGUCCUUAUCCGACCUGAGCCAGGAGCACCUGACCAGCACGGAGGAGAUCGGAGACACGCCGGACACCUGCGAAGCCAGUUUGCAGUCGUCCGUUCAGGAGCUGCUGGACUCAAACCGUGCCAAUUCUUUAGACGAGCUCUACGGACCGAAGAGCCCCGCCUGCAGGCCCACGCACGGACGCUAUGCCAAAUGGCACAAGGGCGGUGCCACAAGCAGAGAAGGUGAUGAGGAUAAAAUAAUCUCGCCCUGUGAGGACGACGGAGCCGCCUAUGGCGCGUAUACACUGCCCUGCCGCCGGUCUCACUGUCUGUCAGAGGGACCAACCAAUCAUCAAGGAGUUAUGCAAGGGAGGCGGGCACAAACCAUACAGGAUGUCACGGCGGGAGAUGGCAGUGAUUAUGAGGACAGUGGUAUCGAUGGGCUGACGGGGGACAGAGAGGCGUCUCAGCACCACGCUCGACGCUAUAAGACCAUGUCUGCGUCUUUCUCUGCUUACUCCACGUCAGCAGGGGGCGCCUUCGCCGGGAGCGACAGUGGGAGCAGCAGCGGGGCUGGAGCGGGACCCUCAGAUGACACACAGGGCGUCUAUGAGAACUUCCGUCAGGAGCUGGAGCAGAGCGUGAGUCCGGCGGAGGUUCCCGAGGAGAGAAGCUCAGCGUUCAGCGACGAGCAGAGCAGCGUGACGCUGAGCUCCGCUUACCACACCGACCCUCUGCUGAACGUGGCCGCCGUGCAGGGAACCGUGCGCAAAGCCGGACGCCUCGCCGUCAAAAACUUCCUGGUGCAUAAAAAGAACAAGAAGGUGGAGCUCGCGCCUCGCCGCAAGUGGAAGAGCUACUGGGUGUCCCUCAAAGGAUGCACUCUGUUUUUCUACGAGACGGAUGGCCGGUCAGGCAUUGAUCACAACAGCGUCCCUAAACAUGCCGUGUGGGCCGAGAACAGCAUCGUCCAGGCCGUCCCAGAACACCCCAAAAAAGAUUUCGUCUUCUGCCUGAGUAACUCGCUCGGAGACUCCUUCCUUUUUCAGACCUGCAGCCAGACUGAGCUUGAGAACUGGAUCACGGCCAUCCACUCGGCCUGCGCCGCGGCCGUCGCUCGGCAACACCACCGCGAAGACACGGUGCGUCUGCUGCGGGCCGAGAUCCGAAAGCUGGAGCAGAAGAUCGACAUGGAUGAGAAGAUGAAGAAAAUGGGAGACAUGCAGCUCUCCGCUGUCACCGACGCCAAGAAGAGGAAGACCAUUCUGGAGCAGAUUUUCCUGUGGGAGCAGAAUUUAGAGCAGUUCCACAUGGAUCUAUUCCGUUUCCGCUGUUACCUGUCCAGCCUGCAGGGCGGCGAGCUUCCCAACCCCAAACGCCUGCUGGCCUUCGCCUCCCGUCCCACCAAACUGGCCAUGGGCCGACUGGGCAUUUUUUCAGUCUCUUCCUUCCAUGCACUGGUGGCGGCUCGCACUGAGAGUGGCGUGAGGCGUAGGACACAGGCGAUGUCGCGCUCCACCAGCAAACGCAAGAGUCGCUUCUCCUCACUAUGGGGUCUGGACACCCACUCCAAGAGAAAGAGUAAAGGUCAUCCCAGCAUCAGCCAGGUUUUUGCAGAAGGAGAUGACCAAGUUAAAAGUCCUCUAGAAGGCAUGUUUGAGGGUUCUUCUUGUGAGACGACGAAAGACACCAAGACCCCAGUGAAAGGUCUGCCAAGACCCAGCGCAGAUCAUGACAUCUGGUCCAGAGACCACCUCACUCCAUCAUGGGUGCUGCUGCCAAACGACCAGCCUGUGUUAGCCAUCAUCCAACCCGGAGAGUCGGCCCUCGACAUGCUGGAAACGAUCUGCAAGGCUCACCAACUGGACCCCACUAAACACUACGUGCGGCUUAAGUUCCUCAUUGAGAACCAAGUGCAGUUUUAUAUCCCCAAACCGGAGGAGGAUAUUUAUGAUCUGCUGUAUAAGGAAAUCGAGCUGUGCUGUAAGAUCAGGAAGGUCAUCCAGUUUGAUCGGGAUGAGUCCUGCAUGAUCGGCUAUGGGUUUUCUAUCUCUGUGGUGGAAGAGGACGGCGUACAGCAGCUCUAUAUCACUGACGUGAGAGCUGGAGGAUUAGCGUUCGCUAAAGGUCUGAACGCAGGAGAUGAGAUUCUGCAGCUGAACAGGAAGGACGCCUGCACUCUGACCUUCGCUGACAUGAAGGUGGCGUUCGCUCAGGUCUCUCUCUCUCUCACCGUUAACACACUGCCCCCUGUUGACCGCCGGCAGCUCUGCUUCUUGCCACCGAGACGCUCAGACGCUGUGGACAACGUCUACACGGACAUCUUCUCUCAGAGUCAGGAGGAGAUUCUUGACGAUGGAGUGGGUCUGAUUGUGGAGACUUUCGGAGACAGUUUAGACGACGACUUGGAGCUCUUCACUGAGUUUGACGACUAUGGAAAGAGUACGGAGCAGGUCGCAGCUUUCUGCCGCAGUCUGCACGAGAUGAAUCCCUCGUCUGAGGUCGUCUCUUCCUCGUCCGGCCCGGAGUCUUCCUCACUUCCUCCGAGCAACGCCACUCCACGCCAGCUCUCCGAUGCCGACAAACUUCGCAAAGUCAUCUGCGAACUGGUGGAGACGGAGCGCACCUACGUCAAAGAUCUGAACUGUUUGAUCGGGCGAUAUUUAACCCCGCUGCAGAAGGAGUCUUUCCUCACUCAGGAUGAGCUGGACGUGCUGUUCGGAAACCUCCCGGAGAUGCUGGAGUUUCAGGUGGAGUUUCUGAAGACUCUGGAAGACGGAACCCGGCUGGUGCCGGACCUGGAGAAACUGGAGCGAGUGGAAGAGUUCAAGAAAAUCCUCUUUUCUCUGGGCGGCUCGUUCCUGUAUUACGCCGACCGCUUCAAGAUCUACAGCGCUUUCUGUGCCAGCCACACCAAAGUGCCCAAAGUGCUUGUCAAAGCAAAAACAGACGUGGCCUUCAAGGCAUUUCUGGACGAGCGUAACCCCAAACAGCAGCAUUCAUCCACGCUGGAGUCGUACCUGAUCAAACCCAUCCAGAGAGUGCUGAAGUACCCUCUGCUCCUGAGAGAACUGCACUCGCUCACAGACCCCGACAGCGAGGAGCACUACCAUCUGAACGUUGCAAUGAAAGCCAUGAACACAGUGGCCAGUCACAUCAACGAGAUGCAGAAGAUCCACGAGGAGUUUGGAGCCGUCUUUGACCUCCUCAUCUCUGAACAGACUGGAGACAAGAAAGAGGUUGCUGACUUGUCUAUGGGAGAUUUACUCCUCCACACCAGCGUGACAUGGAUCAACCCGUCCUCCUCACUGGGAAAGUGCAAGAAAGAGCCACAGCUGGCCACAUUCGUGUUCAAAACCGCUGUAGUGUUCAUCUGUAAGGAUUACUCCAAGCAGAAGAAGAAAAUGGGUGGUUCUCAUAGAGCAUCUGUCUCCGGUGAAGAGAAAGAUCCGUUCCGUUUCCGCCACAUGAUCCCCACUGAUGCGCUUCAGGUGCGCACACUGUCCAAUACAGAUGGAGAGAGUGCAGCUGUGUGUGAGAUCAUCCAUGUGAAGUCUGAAUCAGAGGGAAGACCAGAGAGAGUGUUUCAGCUCUGCUGCAGCUCUCCAGAGAGUAAGAAAGACUUCUUGAAGACGGUUCACUCCAUCCUGAGAGAUAAACAGCGCCGUCAACUGUUGAAGACGGAAAGUCUUCCUCUCAGCCAGCAGUACGUUCCCUUCGGAGGAAAACGCCUGUGCGCCCUGAAAGGAGCCCGACCGGCCAUGAACAGAGCAGUAUCUGCCCCGACUCGCACUCUGGGCCGGAGGAAACUGGUGCGGAACCGCUUCACCAUCGACACAGACAUUGUUUUCGACACCGAGCCCGACAGCGACUCACCGGACUCCCAGCAUGCUCAGCAGCAGGGCGUCGUUCCGGCGGGUGACACCGACCGCUGGGUGGAGGAACAGUUCGACCUUCAGUGCUACGAGGAGCAGGAGCAGGACGUGAAGGAAACGGACAUCCUGAGCGACGACGACGAGUUCUGCCAGUCCGCUCUGAGCCCAUCCACCGAGCCGGACGUGGAGGGACCGCUUUCUGCCCUCUCGCUGGAGGGAGACACGGCUGAGGAGGAAGAAGAGGAGGAAGAGGAGAGCAAGAAGGACUACAAAUCCCAGCAUGCCAAGCUGUCUCAUUUAGGGAAGCAGUGUGCCAUGUCAGUCGCCAGUGUGGAUGAGCAAGUGCCCGAUGAGGACAUCUGGGUGCGACGGGACAGCAGCACAGAGAACGAGACACAGGACGAAACCCAGAGCUGAAACACAUCAGGAGACAUUACACAAUUAAAGGAAUAGUUCACCCAAAAAUGAAAAUUUGCUGAAAGUUUACUCACCCA